UGCGCAGAUCCGACGCAAUUUGAACCGUGUGAAGUCAGCAUGAAAAACCACACAUCGACAUCCUAAACAAAGAAUGUCAGUAUUCUUGUAUUUUAGCUACAGGCUGUAGAACAGCACUUGUUGCAGCGAUAAGGAGAUCGCUAGCUAGCAAGGCAAGUUUCUCCCCCCCUAAACAACUCCGAAUAUCGUUUUUUCAACGUCAACACCCUCCUCAACGUUCCAGCUUAGCUAGCUACAUGGUUAUCUUCUUGUUAAACAGAAAUUAUUUCAGAACAAUCUGAGAUGGUGGGUGUCACGGCUUGCUGAAAUUACAUGGAAUGACCCUCCCCUGCAGAAGGACCAACCCUACGAACAAUCGGCAGAACUAAGGACUCCCCAUGACGCUGAAGGCCAAGCUGAGCUCAGUAUGUCUGGGUGUGGAGGGGAUGACCUGUGGUUCCUGUGUUCAGUCUAUAGAGCAGCGCAUUGGGGGUCUGCCUGGAGUCGUACACAUCAAGGUGUCUCUGGAGCUGAAGAAUGCCAACAUCAUCUUCGACCACAGCCAUCACACCCCAGAGUCCCUGGCGGAGGCCAUCGGGGACAUGGGGUUUGACUCCAUCCUCUCAGACUCUACCACAGCGUCCGCGGUCCCCACGGACACCCAGCUGGUCCCCACCCCAGCCCUUCUCACCCCCGAGGCCCAACAGGAGGCUCUGGCCAGGCUAGCUCAGCUCCAGGGGGUCCUGGGGGUCCAGGAGAACAAGGACCAGAGGGGGUUGUCCGUCACCUUCAUCCCUUCCCUAAUCGGUGCAGUGCAGCUGGGGGAGGUGGUUAGUAGCUUGGCCCCCCUCCUGGAGGUCCCUACAUCCAGUAGCCCUACAGAGGAAGCCUCAGUCCCAGCCCCAGCCACAGUCACAGUCACAGUGUCAGCCCCGGCCACAUCCUCACAGCCUCAGCUGGUGAAGAUGCGCAUCGAGGGCAUGGUCUGUCUGUCCUGCACCACCACCAUCGAAGGGAAGAUUGGCAAACUCAAAGGAGUUGAGAAAAUCAAAGUGGUUCUAGACUCCCAGGAGGCCACAGUUCUCUACCUGCCGUACCUCAUCACCAUCGAUGACAUCAUCACCCAGAUCGCCAAGGCCGGCUUCAAGGCCACACCCAAGUCCAAGCCCCGCCCCCUGCAGCUGUCCGUCAGCGAGAUGGAGCGUUUGCUAAGCGCUGCCCUAUCACCCCCAGCGCCGGUGGAAUCUUCCACCGAGGAUUCUGAGGUGUCUACAGACUCGUCCCAGACUACCCUCAGGGUGACGGGCAUGCACUGCCGCUCCUGUGUGGUAAACAUCCAGGAUAACAUCUCCAAGCUGGCUGGGGUGACCUCCAUAGAGGUAUUGUUGGAGAGGGAAAUCGCCUCCAUCCACUACGACCCAGGGAGGGUGACUGUGUCAGGACUACAGCAAGCCAUCGAGGCCCUGCCACCGGGGACGUUUAAAACCCAACCCUGGGACUCUACCUCUGGAGGUCUUAACCCUACAUCCACCACACCUAUACCUUCACCAUCCCCACCACCACCAUCGUCCCAGUCCCAGGCCGGCCUCUCCUCCCCCCAGCCCUGCUACAGCCAGCCCCUGUCGGCCACGGCCCUAAUCCAUAUAGAGGGGAUGACCUGUGGGUCCUGUGUUCAGUCCAUCGAGGGGAUGCUGUCUCAGAGGAAGGGGGUGCGGUCAGCCAAGGUGUCGUUGGCCAAUCACAGAGGGACGUUUGAGUACGACCCUCUCCUCACCCAACCAGAGGAGCUCAGGGAGGCCAUAGAGGACAUGGGAUUUGAUGCCUUCCUGCCUGAAACCAACUCCCUGGUGACCGUCCCAGUUAUCAGUCCCCCCUCGUCCCCCUCCAUGUCCCCUUCCCCCGCCCCUGUCAAGGAGAAGGAGCUGGACAGUGACCCAGAGAGGGGCACAGGUCAAGGGGUUAAGGGGGCCCCAAACACCCUCGCUAAAUGCUUCAUCCAGAUUGGUGGAAUGACCUGUGCGUCCUGUGUGGCCAACAUUGAGAGGAACCUGAAGAAUGAACACGGUAUCUACUCUGUGCUGGUGGCCCUGAUGGCUAGCAAGGCUGAGGUGCGUUAUAACCCUGAGGUGAUGGACCCUCUGAAGAUAGCAGAGUAUGUCAGAGAGUUGGGCUUCACUGCUUCUGUCAUGGAGAACUAUGAGGGUUCUGAUGGAAGCCUGGAACUGGUGGUCAGGGGAAUGACGUGUGCCUCCUGCGUUCACAAAAUUGAGUCCAGCCUGAUGAAAGAGAAGGGUAUCGUCUACGCCUCUGUUGCCCUGGCAACCAACAAAGCCCACAUCAAGUACGACCCAGAGGUGACGGGACCGAGAGACGUCAUCAAACUCAUAAAGAACCUGGGCUUCGAGGCAUCUCUGGUGAAGAGGGAUCGCACAGGCAGUCACCUGGACCACAGCAGAGAGAUCACACAAUGGAGGAAGUCGUUCCUGGUCAGCCUGUUCUUCUGCGUCCCAGUCAUGGGGAUGAUGACCUACAUGAUCAUAGUAGACCACCAGAUCAGCACGUCUCACCAGCACAACGCCACCGCACAGGACCGUGAACACUACCACUCCACCAUGUUCCUGGAGAGACAGCUGCUCCCAGGCCUCUCCAUCAUGAACCUGAUCUCAUUCCUCUUCUGUGUCCCUGUACAGUUUAUUGGCGGGCGUUACUUCUACACCCAGGCCUACAAGGCCCUGAAACACAGAACAGCCAACAUGGACGUGCUCAUCGUGCUGGCCACCUCCAUAGCCUUCACCUACUCCGUGGUCAUCCUCAUGGUCGCCAUGAUAGAGAGGGCAAAGGUCAACCCCAUCACCUUCUUUGACACGCCCCCCAUGCUGUUUGUCUUCAUCUCCCUGGGACGCUGGCUGGAGCAGAUUGCCAAGAGUAAGACGUCAGAAGCUCUGUCCAAGCUGAUGUCCCUUCAGGCCAGCGAGGCUACGGUGGUCACUCUCAACACGGACAUGUCUGUACUCAGUGAGGAGCAGGUAGAUGUGGAGCUGGUCCAGAGAGGAGACGUGGUCAGGGUGGUUCCUGGAGGGAAGUUCCCCGUAGAUGGGAGGGUCAUCGAGGGACACAGCAUGGCUGACGAGUCUCUCAUCACAGGUGAGGCCAUGCCAGUGACCAAGAAGCCAGGCAGCUCAGUGAUAGCUGGCUCUAUCAACCAGAACGGCUCUCUGCUCAUCACUGCUACACACGUAGGCCUGGACACGACCCUGUCUCAGAUAGUCAAACUAGUGGAGGAGGCUCAGACAUCUAAGGCUCCCAUCCAGCAGUUUGCAGAUAAGAUCAGUGGUUACUUUGUCCCGUUCAUUGUUGGGGUCUCUCUUCUCACUCUGUUCGCCUGGAUCCUCAUUGGCUUUGUCAACUUUCCACUGGUGGAAAAAUACUUCCCUGGCUAUGAUCAGAGCAUCUCCAAGGCAGAAGCCGUGAUCAGGUUUGCCUUCCAGGCCUCCAUCACGGUGCUGUGUAUCGCCUGCCCCUGCUCUCUGGGCCUGGCGACCCCGACAGCUGUGAUGGUGGGCACGGGGGUGGGCGCACAGAACGGCAUCCUCAUCAAGGGAGGGGAACCACUAGAGAUGGCACACAAGAUCCAGACAGUGGUGUUUGAUAAGACUGGGACCAUCACCUACGGAGCUCCUGAAGUAAUACAGCUGAAGAUUUUAGUGGAGGGGAACAGGAUGCCUCGCUCCCGCCUGCUGGCCAUUGUAGGGACUGCAGAGAACAACAGUGAACACCCACUGGGAGCUGCCAUCACCAAAUACUGUAAACAGGAGCUGGGUACAGAGUCCCUGGGUGCGUGUACUGACUUCCAGGCUGUACCAGGCUGUGGUAUACGAUGCCAGGUCAGUAAUACAGAAACCCUGCUGAGACAACAUCAGGAAGACGGUGACAGUGAAGACAACCAGAGAAACAGUAUUCUGGUCCAGAUCAGUGACUCCAGGACCAGGCCAGGCUCACACCCGCUCAUCAUGGACCCACAGCCUCUCACCCUGGUGCAGACAGGAUCCUACGUGGUGUUGAUAGGGAACAGGGAGUGGAUGAGGAGGAACGGACUCCAGAUCAGACCUGAUGUCGACGAGACCAUGACUGAACAUGAAAGCAGGGGACGCACUGCUGUACUGGUGGCUGUCGACAGUCUGCUUUGUGCCAUGAUAGCCAUAGCAGACACAGUGAAGCCAGAGGCAGAGUUGGCGGUUCACACCCUGCAGGCCAUGGGUCUGGAGGUUAUUCUGAUGACUGGAGACAACAGCAAGACGGCACGGGCCAUCGCUGCUCAGGUGGGUAUCAGGAAGGUGUUUGCGGAGGUGCUGCCAUCCCACAAGGUGGCCAAGGUAGAGCAGCUGCAGCAGGCAGGGAAGAGGGUGGCCAUGGUGGGUGACGGGGUCAACGACUCGCCCGCUCUGGCCAUGGCAGAUGUUGGCAUCGCCAUAGGAACUGGCACUGACGUGGCCAUAGAGGCAGCUGACGUGGUGCUGAUCAGGAAUGACCUGCUGGAUGUGGUCGGGAGUAUUGACCUGUCCAAGAAGACCGUGAAGAGAAUCAGGAUCAACUUUGUGUUUGCUCUCAUCUAUAACCUGGUGGGGAUCCCUAUCGCUGCUGGUGUGUUCAUGCCUGUUGGUCUGGUUCUCCAGCCAUGGAUGGGUUCUGCUGCCAUGGCCCUCUCCUCUGUCUCUGUGGUGCUGUCCUCUCUACUACUCAAAUGCUACACUAAGCCCAGCGCUGAGCUGCUGGAGUCUCGUCUGGGCAGUCAGAAGAGACACGCUGCAAGCCUAUCAGACGUCAGCGUCCACAUCGGCAUGGGCGAGCUGCGCCGCCCCUCCCCCAAGCUGAGCCUAUUGGACCGCGUCGUCAACUUCAGCCGCGCCUCCAUCAACUCCCUCCAAUCAAAGCACUCCCUCAACAGCAUGGCCCUCAGCGACCCCGACAAACACUCAUUGCUUGUGGGGGAGGCCCGCUGCGAGGAGGAGUUUGUCUGAGGCUAGGUUAUGCUAAGCUAUGCUAGUCUAUGCUAAUUUAAGCUUGGUUUAGCCAUUAUAUGCUAGGCUAGGCUAAGCUAAGCUAGGCUACGCUACGCUAAGCUAACUUAAGGUAGCGAAGGCUAACCCAUGCUAAGCUAAGUGGGUUACAUAGGUUAAUUGCCCCAUCCAUCUACACAGGUGCCCCCAGGGCAGCAUCUUUUGACUUGAAAAAGCCUUUCUGUAGCCCUUCACCCUCUGACUGACUGACUGACAGUGUUCACUCCAAUGGAUGCCUGGGAGGGCUUCAUGUUCACUCUACCGCUGCCAGUGUCUUUUGUCAAUGGCCACUUGUACCCUCAGGGGACGGGGUCUUACACUAGGGUUUAGAGGAGCUCUGACUCUUUGUCCAGGGGGUUAAGAGCUUCUGCUGAAAGAUGACGCGGGGUUCAUUAGGAAGACUGCAGUGCUAUCUUUUUCUAUGUGCUUAUAAUAUGAAGGUUUGCAGAGACAAUCUUUGACAUCUAUCCAAAGACACUCUAAAAUGGUGCCCCAUGUAAAAGUGUACUUAAUAUGAGUGAAGAAAUAAAAUAAAAAAUCCUUCUGAGAGAGCAGAAGUGUAUUAA